GAAAAUAUAAAUGUCCUAUCUGCUUAAUACCAUAUUGUUCUGUUGCUUGUUAUCAAAAACAUAAAGAAAUAAACAAUUCUUCAGAAGAUAUUGAAGCAACUGUUAAAUGCCAUACUCGUAAAAAUGAAGAGUUAAAAAAGAAAAUAGAUGGAAUAGAUGAACCUAUUCAAAAUAUAACAUGCUAUAAACCUCUUUGUCAAACAGUAGUUGAAAAAAUUAAAACAGAUGAAAUAUUACAAAAAAUGGUCACUGAAUCUAAACCUUUAAAAAAUCUUCUUCUGAAGAUAUAUGAAAAAAUUCCAUUAAAUAAUGAUACGUCUUUUCUUGUACCGAAAUUUCUUUUGGAUGAAAUUUCUAAAUUACGGAGUCAAGAAUCUAAUGAUUUAUUUUUAUCUUUUGUACAGCGGAUACUGGAUCUUUCUGAGGAAAAAGUAGUUUAUUAA